CACCUUUUACCCCCCCCCCCCCACUUGCUAAAAUGAUAUUUGAAUCAAAUUCCUUCUGAUCUGACCUUAAACUUCUCGUUUUAAUGACACGCGCGCAUCGGAUCGGUGUGCGCGCUCCGCCUGUCACCCCCUCCCCGCCCCCCCCCCCCCACGGACUCCUCUUCUCCUUGCCCCCACCACGACCACCACCACCACCACCAUCAUCAUCAUCAUCCUCCUCCUCAUCAUCUCCUCCCAUCCUCUGGCGAGUGCGACGCGCGCAGAGCAGCUCCGACAUCCCGCAGCAGCCUGCAGCUGAGCAGUGACGGUGGAUGCUUUGGUGCCGGCUUCCUGCUAGCGGAGGAGCGAGCAAAGGAGAGCGCGACCGGCGUCCAAGACUCGGCACUCCGCUGGCGAGAAAGGCAGCGGGAAGGAGAGCGAGAGAGAGAGAGAGAGAGGGCAGUGCACCAAGGAGAGAGCGAAAGAGAGUCGGGAGCGGCUGAGAACAGUCGAUGGAUGCUGUCCGGUUUGAAGGGGCAGCACGUUCUUCACUGACGAGGGAAGGAAAGAUUUCAAAAUUGAGUCGAAGGAUAGAAACUCGCCGUCAGGCAUGGUGUGUGAGAAGGGGAUCCAGAUCCUCCUCACCACCGUGGGGGCGUUCGCCGCCUUCGGCCUGAUGACGGUAGCCAUAGGGACGGACUACUGGCUGUACUCCCGAGCCCUCAUCUGCAACAGCACGGCCAACGUCACGCAGGACGACCCUCACAACAAGGACAAGAAGGACCCCGGGGCGCUCACCCACUCUGGACUGUGGAGGAUAUGCUGCCUGGAAGGAGUCAAGCGAGGAGUGUGUUCGCAGAUCAACCACUUCCCGGAGGAUGCGGACUUUGACCACGACGGGGCCGAGUACGUCCUACGCGUGGUGAGGGCUUCCAACAUCUUCCCCAUCCUCAGCGCCAUCCUGCUGCUUUUGGGAGGCGUGUGCAUCGCUGCGAGCCGCUUCUAUCGGAGCAAACGGAACAUCAUCCUGGGGGCGGGGAUUCUCUUUGUGGCCGCAGGUCUGAGCAACAUCAUCGGCGUGAUCGUGUACAUCUCGGCGGCGCUGGGCGACAUCUCCCCCAAGAAGGACGAGGACAAGAAGUGGCAGUACUCGUACGGUUGGUCCUUCUAUUUCGGCGGCCUGUCCUUCAUCAUGGCCGAGAUGGUGGGCGUGCUGGCGGUCAACAUCUACAUCGAGAAGAACAAGGAGCUGCGCUGCCGCUCGCGCACCGACAUCUUCAAGAGCACCACGCACGCCAUGCUGCGCCUGCCCAGCUACCGCUUCCGCCGCCGCUCCCGCUCCUCGUCGCGCUCCACCGACCCCUCCCGCUCCCGAGACCCUUCGCCGGUGGGGAAGAACUUCGGGCUGCCCCCUUCGGCGCUGCUCUCCCAGGGCCCCAUCUCCGUGUCCACGCUGCCCAACCCGCACUCGCGCUCCCACGCCGCGCUGGCCGCCGGCGACAUCUCGCUUUACACGCUGUCCCGCGACCCCAAACUGGGCGGGCUGCCGCCCAUGUACGGCACGGUGGACCGCGCCACGCUCUACCAGCUCCACAACUGCUUCCCCAAGGAUGCCGGCGGCGUUGGCGGCGGCGGCGGCAUGAUGAGCGGUACGCUGCCCUCGCUCAAGUCCCACAACCCUUCCAACUCCUCCAACUCCAACGUGCCAAUGCCCAACUCGGUGGGCUCGGGACCGCCUCCCUUCACCUCGUCCGCGGCGGACAGGGAGCGAGGAGGAGGGAUGGGCACUCUGGACAGGCUGAAGGGAGACAGGGAGAGCAACUCCAACACCCUGAAUAGGAAGACCACACCUGUGUAAAGGCAACAAGUCGCCGUCGUCCGGCACAACUGAAAUGUUCAUCUCUUCCCCCGCGCGACGAAAAGUGCGGAGCGUGUGCAGUCAUCACGGAGCGAUCUCAACAAACAACCACAAUGAACUCUCGCAACCAAACUAUUUUGAUAUUUCCACGUGCUAGAAAUGAUUUAUUUUGUUAACGAUCAACAUGCAAACUAACCUCGGGCUAAAUACGAAAAAAAAUAAUAAUAAUAAUAAAAUAAAAAAAAUUGUGCAAUAUUAGCGCUAAUUUAGCAGACCUGCGUUAGCGUCGAUUGUUGUUGUGAUUAUUUUAUUUUAUUUUUUUGCGUUUGUACAAGGGAUGGGCAGAACAAUCCAUUGGUGUCAAUUCUGGCAUGCCUCAUGUCUUCGUAGCAUCGUUUUGGUUUUUUUUUUUUGUCAACUCCGCGUACGACUUCUGGCCUCGGCAGUAUUAAUUCAAGACGGAUAUGAAGGAGAUUGAAUAUAUGCUCCAACUAACAUGCAAUUAUGCAGUACGAGAAUGUGACAAUACAUACCGAGUCGGAAACUAUCGCCAAUAACAUUCUACUAGUUGACCUCUAGGGGCACUCGUUCCAUAGACGGCUGGGCGCAAAAAGCGGGCCCCUGAUUUUUGUUGUCAUUGGAGAUUUUCCUGGCAGAGUGACACAAGAACAAUCGGGGGGGUUGGGGGGGGGGGUCCCAAGUGCCUACUACACAGCACAGACGUGCUUGAGACUCGAGUGCACGGCGGCCCCACCGCAAGGACUGCGAGGAGCUGCUUCGAUUGUCCGUGAGUAAAGUCAGCGGUGACUACUCCCACAGCGGCGCAGACCUCCCUCUCUCGGAUCUGAUGGAAUGACCCGAAUGCUUCACUAAUAGUGCAGAAAUGUCACCCGUUUUGCACUUUUUACCUCUGAGUCAUAUGCAAAAGUUGCCCCAUGGGAAAAAAAAAAGAAACAAACUGUGUUCGUCAUCCACCCUUAAUUCUACGAGUGUGCACAAAAUCUUGCGCCGAGUGAAUGAUUUCUUCGGACUCGGCGGCUACGAGUACCACGUUGAUUUUGUUGUUGUUGUUUUGUUGACCAGAUGUGAAUACUGUAAAUUGUCUUCCAAUAUUAGCAGGAAAGAAAAAAAAAACAAACAGACUCGAAAGACGUGCAACAAUAACGACUCAGUUUUGGCCUCUGUUCGUUUUUGUUCCAUGUCGACAGUACUUCUUGUAGCGCUUAGUCAUGUUGAAGAUGUUUGUUCUUUGGGCAUUAACGACAACCUCGCGUUUGAGACGGGACAAAAUAGAAAAUAUGUACAGUACCAGGGAAAAACUCCUCCAGAAUCAUCUCUAUUCUACCAGUCCCAAAAAAAAAAUCAACCAUAAUGUAAAUGUGGAUUUUGGAAGAUGAUUUAAAAAAAAAAAAAAAGAUCAUGUACAUUUGUCAUUUAUGCAUACAUACAUUUGUAAAUUCUAUCAAGAAAAAAAAUGAGCUUUUGUUACUUGGACUCUAACUUGGUGGUUUACCUCAUUAGCCUCCCUGCCCCCUCCGUGACCUUUUGACCCGCCCCCUUUCCCAAGCACCUCCCCAAAGAUUCUUUACACUGUGCUUCCUCGCUACUCUUUCCCUUGAACCAAGGCGAUGAGACUGAAAGCGACCUGAAACGCUCUUCUUUUUUUUUUUUCUUCUUCUCUUCUUGAGAAUUUGACUGCUGCGACAUGAUGCAACCACCCAAAACAAACGGACAAAAAAAAAACAACAAAAAAAACAACAAAAGACGACGCUUCCAGCUUUUGGGGAAAUUCUAUGGCGACAUUCUGGGAGUUAAAAGUGGCAACCGUGCACACGGAGAGCAUUUAGUUGGGCAAUUUGAAUCUUAUGGAGUAGAGACGUAGCGACAACCGAGUACGGUUUAUCUAAAUGUGUGAUCAACUCCAACAUUGUAUUGCACGAAAUUUAUAAAAAAACAAAACAAACAAAA